AUGAUAACGAAUCAGGUUUGGCAAAAUAAUAGUGGACCAGCCAAGGAAGGAAAUAAUCCAAGCACCAAGGAAAAGCAACUUGCAGUAUUUGAACAAAAUGAAAAAUGCCUUGACUCGUAUGAUGUUUUAAAUAAUCUCCAUGAUGCGAUAAAAAAGAGGGAAACUAAAUCCGUUCUGGAAAUCAUCUCAAAGAAUGGUGACCUUGUAAACAGAGUCCUGAUUGGUCAUACAGCCUUGACCUUGGCCAUAGAUCUCAAGGUCAGUGAAGUUAUCGAUGCUGUUAUGACAAGUUCCGACCUCGAUGUCAGCACCACAGACAGGUUUGGUCGUUCUGCAAUGUAUUUUGCAUCAAAAACUGGUCAAAUCCCAUUAAUCAGGAAGCUGAUAAAAUUAGGUGCUGAUAUAAACCAAUCAAAGUUAUUGUUACAUGGCUGUGCUCAUGGUGGUCGUGAUGAUGAGACAACAGUAUAUGAACUUGCAAGUUUAGGAGCUGAUGUCAAUGAUGUAGAUGAGAAAAAUAGAACGCCUCUGCAUAUCGCUGUUCAAAACUCGCUUGUAAACGUAACUGAAGCUCUGCUGCAAUGUAAGGCAAAUGUCAAUGCUAUCGAAAAUGGGACAUCUCGAACUCCAUUAAUGAUAUGUGCAGGAAAAUCUCUGAUCUCAUGUGACGCCAAUAGUGAAGAGGAAUAUUCACAAUCCUUAAAAAUACUAAGUGUGUUGUUAGAAAAAGGAGCUGACAUCAAUAUAUCAGAUGCUAGAGGGUAUACCGCGCUUCACAUUGCUUUACAAAACGGAAACAUCUUGGCAGCUUCUGUACUUAUUCACCAAGGAGCAAAAUCUAACUGCCUUAAAGAAGAAGCAGUCCAAUCUGCCUACGAAGUUGCCUUGUCAAAAAAUUAUUUAGAGAUCGCUUUCAUUAUUUUCCUAAAUUUCUAUAGAUAUUUUGAAAGCUUUCCCUUGGGAUUCUAUAGGAAAACAAAAGAGUACUUAAAGCACAAACAAAAGGAUACUAGUGAGAUGAACAGCUUCUUUGGGGCUUUGGAAAAGUCUUUAGAAGACAUGUACAUUUUAAAAUGUAGUCGAGAAGAGAUUGUUCUUGCAGCAAGGGAACCACAUGAAUUGUUAAGAAAGGUACCAAAACUGCAAAAUUUGUGUAGACAUGUAGUAUUGCAAAAUUUGAACCUUUCUGUGCUUAAAAAUCGCAGUAUAAAAUUACCUACAGCCCCAGCUAUACAAGGCUUUAUAUUCUAUGACACCAAGUUUGCUGUCGUAUGUACGUCAUUACUUACGGAUGUCCAUGUGGCUGCGCGUAUGGGAGACAUUGAAACAUUAGGUCGGAGACCGAUUCAACAAAUCGUUGAUAUACCAUUUAAUGACUUCUCGUUACUUGAAGUUGCCAUAUCAAGAAAAAGUAUCUCCUUGACAAAUUUUUUAUUGGAAAACGGCACCGAUCCCAACAACGAAACGAGACAAGGAUUGCUACCUCUGCAUCUGGCCUGCCGACAAGUUUGUCUGGAAAUAGUGCUGCUUCUUUUGGAAUUUGGAGGCGACGUUAACGCGUUUGACAAGCAGGGUAACUUGCCAAUACACGAGGCUUGUAUUGCCGGACAUUUUGAUGUUGCCGAACUGCUGAUUCAACAUGGUUCUGUCUUUGACUUUCCGGAUAUUAACGGCCGGUACCCAAUUCAUUAUUCAUCCGCUAGUGGUAAUUGUCAAUUCACGAAUAUUCUUCUUCAGUUAGGAGUUAAUGUUAACACGACUGAUACUUUUGGAUAUACAGGACUUCAUCUAGCAGCAAGCAGAGGAAAUCUUUAUCUCAUUAAAAAUAUUGAGUUAGCAUACAUGUUUGAAAGAGAAUUGCUGAUGAAAGGUUACAUGUUUAUGCUGCAGUAUUCAUGUAAUACCAAAUGUGUUCCAAAGCCGAAAUAUGGACCAGGAGUCGAUCACAUUAAAGUAAUUGAAAAUAUGUUAAAAUCAGGAUGUAAUAGUAUGGCAUUAUGUAAAAUGAACAAAUCUGCAGUAGGUAUUGCAAGGGAUUACGGCUUCACGGAUGUGAUGACUAUCUUGCUUGGUAAUCAACAGUAAUGAAGAUAAGCACGUACUAGGUAGUUAAGUACUCUUGAUAGGCCUUGUCUCGCUAAGACUUCCUCCAAAUAAUUUUGUUUUAAGAAAUAUUUCCUCGGCAAUAAAAAGUUACCGAAGCAGCUCA